AUGCGUGAUUAUUAUAUAUUUUGUUUCUAUUUUUCGGGUGACGAGGCCAAAAGUGCUUGGAUAAAAUUAAGAAAUAAUCAUAGAGAUGCUCUACGACGACAGAAACGUCUGAGAAGAAGUAGAGUUGGUGCUACAGACAUCAAACCAUGGAAGUUCCAAGCUCAAAUGGAAUUCUUGUUGCGGUAUAUGGUGAAUGAAAGCCGUGAUACCAAUUUUAUGGAUGAUGUCGAAGAUCGUUCUGAAACACCUAGUGAAGAAGAGCAACAUAUAGAAUUUGAAAGCCUACAUUCUGAUGACCCUGCUAACAACGUGGAGAAUGAUGAAGCAUCGGUUUUACCACAAAAUUUCAACGUUGAUACGGAUGAGGAUGAUACAGGUAAUUCGCCUGCAAAUUAUGAGCCUGCUAUACCGCCACCGUCCCAAUCAAAGAAGAAGGUGAAAAAAGUCGAUAUUGACAGCUUAUUAAAGAAAACCAUUGAGCAACGCGAAGAACGGGCAAAACAAAGAAAGCAAGGAAGAAAAAGAUUGAAAGAAAGAAUAGCUCCUAAGGACGAUUUGUACCUGUUUUUUAUGUCAAUGUAUGAGCAGACCAAUAAAAUGCCCCUACAAUCACAGCACGUAGUCCGAAGAAACGUAUUUCACACCGUCUCGCGCGAGCAGGCACGCCUUUUGAAUAUUUUUGAACCACCACUUCUCACGAAUAAUGAAAGUCAACUUCGACCAAGCGAGAAUAGGCAAGGCCCGAAUGCAAACAAUUGGUUACAAAUAAAUUAUUCAAGAAAUAGGCUACCUUCCCCCUGCUAUAAUGGAAGGAUGGCUUCACGGGAAACUAAUCCACAUUCCAGUUCUGCUUCAGCAAGUUCUUCAGGGCAACCUUCUCCCUGA